AUGAGAGAUUAUUUGGUCAUAUAUUUAAAAUGCUGGAUUAACAUUAUUCUGUAUUAUAGAAAUGUUUAUCCGUUAACCUCAUUUACGUUGACAACCUUUAAUGUUUUCAACUUACCUCAACAAAUACCAAUAAAUAGAAAUCCUAAAUUAAUUAAUUAUAUAGAAACAUUAAUAGCAGAUAUUGUAGAUGAUAAAUUAAUUAAUCUGAGCUUGAGUUCUAUAACGGUAGCAAUAAUUGAAAUAGAAAAUAAUAACGAAACGAUUAAGGGAAAAACACACAUUACUAAUGACAAUGUGAUUGUUGAAAAAUAUAUUUUAGACUUUCAAGAAUUUCAGUAUGAUAAUAUUAAAUUAUCCAGUUCACCUAAUGAUGAUGAUGCGUGUGGAAAAGAAAUGAUAUUUCAAGAGUUUAGAAGUAGUUUAAACAACUUUACAAACUUUAUCAAAAAUCUACCAUAUGGAUUUAAAGACGGACAAGUGAAAUUUAAAGUGUUUAUUGAGUGUCUUGAUCAAAUGUUGGGCUUGGAUCCUGGUAGAGAUGUAAAGUUCAAUUGGGCCCUAAGAAGAAAACACGAAUUAUUUCAUGUUAAUAACAAUAUUGAAGAAAAUUUUAUUUUUCAAGACAACGAAAAUAAUAUUCCUGUUCAGAAUUGUAAAAAAUCUCUGGGAUGUUGUGUAAUAGGCGAAAACAAAGUUAUUUAUCAUCUUUUUGAGAGUUUAAAAUAA